AUGGCCUCGAUCUUCACCUACGACCCGGACCCGCCCAGGGUGUCCUCUCCAUGGUCGACUUCAGGGUCGUCGACUCCACAGGUCAAUCAGUCGUCCCAGAAUAGCCAAACUGGGAGAAAUGGUCUGCCUGUGCGAACGCGAUCUAGCUCCCAGUUGAAUGGCGCGCCGGACUUCUUGUCGGAUUAUGGAAUCACCAAGCUAGAGCCUGAGCCUCAAGAGGGGCCCACGGAGUACAAGCUACAUCUACUGCUUCGUCCUCGGCGGCCUUACCUGUCCAUGUCCACUGGCAGUGUGGUUGCAGGAUCGUACCAUUCCCGAGCAUCAAUCGCAGGCCCCACUUCGUCUUCUUCGUCUCCGGCACCAGAUGCAACUCCCCGACCAAUGCAGGCCAAAUCGGCCCAAAGCCGCCAGCAACGGCUUCAGGGGCUGACUACACAGCUGCUUUGGCGCUUACAGCAAUCAUCGCCAUUUCAUUCGUCCACGACGGCGAAUCUGGUCGUUCCUGUGCUUCCGGAUGCAACUCCUCAGCUGGGGGUUCCUUCCAAGCCCGCCCGUCUCUUGCCCGGCCUCGAAGAAAGCCAGGGAGCUUUGUACGAAAUCGGGGUCGCCGAUGAUGGCACUUUCGUCGGUCUCACCGAGGACGAGCUUGACGAAAGUGUCACGAACUUGCAAGCAAUGUCUGCAAGCUUGGGAUGCAAGGUUGAGAUCCUGCGUCGGGUCAUUGUGGGCAAAUGCGAAUGGGCAGACGAUUCCCCUGCGGCGCCUCCGGACUCUAACAAGUUUCACCGGGCCAACCUGUGGGUUGCGGAAGCUUUGGUUUCCCCAGAUCUGGACUACUAUAAGUUGACGUCUUCCCGGGGACGGCGAGACAAUGCAUCCAGCUCCUCCCAAGUGAGUACUGCCGCCGUUGGUAGCACAGAGGAAGAUUCUUCCACAACAGAACAGAUCCGGAUUUCCAUUGCGGGCUCCAGCGCAUCUGGAAAAUCUUCCUUGGUGGGCACCCUAACAUCGUCCAUAUUUGAUAAUGGCCGAGGGAGCAGCCGACUGAGCUUGCUGAAGCACCGCCACGAGAUUUCCUCAGGAAUCACCAGCUCCGUUGCGCAGGAACUCAUUGGGUAUUCGGGGGGCUCAACACCGACGGUGGUGAACUAUGCGUCCGGCAAUGUGGCUGCAUGGGAUGAUAUUCAUGCCGCAUCUCGUGGGGGUCGUUUGGCCUUUGUCUCGGACCUUCCAGGGUCGGUUCGGUAUCUCAAGUCCACCUUGCGAGGUCUCCUGAGUUGGGCACCCCACUAUGUCAUGCUUUGCAUUCCUGCUAAUUGCGGCGACGAGACAAGUGUCGAUACUGAUUCACUUGCCGAGCCUGCUAGUGAAAUCGAAAGAUGCUUGGCGUACUUGGAUCUCUGUCUGAAACUCGACAUGAACAUUGUCAUCGUCAUCACUAAACUCGAUGUUGCCUCGCGAGGAGGCUUGCGUGAAAAUCUAGCCAAGGUUCUGUCUGCGCUCAAGACUGCAGGCCGGAAGCCAGCCAUGCUGCCCGCCUCGCCCGCAAAGGAUAAAGCAUUGAAUCUCCAGCAAAUAAGCGCUGCUGAUAGCAAUGAUGUGCGGAAGGUUUUGGCAGCGGCAAGUGACCAGUGGCCUACUACCGUGCCCAUUGUUCUGUGUAGUGCGGUAGAUGGUACUGGCGCUGGCAAGCUCCAUGCGUUGCUACGUUACCUACCAAUUCCGACCCGCAGACCGCAGAGGGGAUCAAGAAUUGAACGGUCACUGGGUCAGCUUGGCACCCCUUCGGUAGUGUUUGACAUUGAUGAGGUAUUCGCCAUCCCGCCUUCAAAGGUCUAUUCUGUGUCCGCCGAUAAAGAGGGCAACCAAAGCCGUGGCAUGGUUCUUUGCGGCCUUGUUCGCCACGGUAGUAUCUCAGUUGGGGACGAGAUGAUAGUUGGACCAAUACUUGUUGAUACCUCAACGGACUCCAACGGAGACUCGGCACAUCUCCUCUCACGUAGCAGCGGGCCAGGUGUCUCUGCUGCGUUCCCAGCCUCCCUCUCCCACGGAAUUCUUUCCAGCAGAGACAGCUCGACCCAAGUCAAGUGGCACCGUAUUCGUGUGAUCAGUGUCAGAAACCUCCGCCUGCCGGUACGUCGUCUCAAGGAAGAUCAAGUCGGCACUAUUGGGAUUGAGCUGCUUGCGUCGGCGGACGACGAAAAAAAUUCUCGCAUGAGCCGAAUCAGAAAGGGCAUGGUACUUGCAAACCUCAGUCCAGAUCUGAAACCAAGUCGGACGUUUCCCGUGCCUCGGCCGUCAACUGUGUCAUUAGCCUUUCACACGGGCUUCACAGCAACAUUCCCUGCCGCGGAAUUCUCGGCGCUGAACUCUCCGCCCUUGCUACUAGGCGGCAAUGCGAUUGCCUACACUGCCAACGUACGCACCACCGUCCGGGUCGUCAGCAUGGCUCUCGCAGGCGCUAAUGACGACUGUGGCUUGGACUCCCGUCACGACUCAAGAUCUUCAUCUCCCACAGAGCCGGAAUUCUUCAGCUUUGACGGUGACGACAAGUCCUCACCCUCGCCUUCAAAAGACAAGGCCGGUCGAACGACUCGUGCACAUGGAUCCAUUCAGCGACGCCCAUCCGCCAACGACAUCAGCGUGAUGGUGUCCGGAACAUCAGGUGACGGAGCCAGUGCCUCUACCGCGAUCAACGAGGACGUCAAAAUCACAUUUGCCCUCAUCACAUCCGUGGAAUGGAUAGAGCUUGGCCUGCAAGUUCUCGUCAUGCCGGGCGUGUCUAUGACCGCCUCGACCGGUGUUGUGGCGUCUGCUUCACCGGCAAACGGCGGCAACAGCUCCACGAUAGGCGGUGUCACUGCCAUUUCCGUACUCAAAGGCUUCGUAGGAACGAUCAGCGAAGUCGUCCUUGGCAAGCCCGUGUCGGGUUGA